CCUUGGAGAUAAGGCCUGGACAGGAUAUAUCCCGCGCAGGAGCUAGGGAGCAGGGGUGUGCAGGGUUCCAGCCACAGCAGCACCGGACUCGUCCAGGUGCGGCGAGUGAGCAGCUGGGGCCCCGUAGAGCCGCCAUGGACCCUGCAGAGGCAGCAGACCCCUCAAUGCCUCCCAACCCUUUGACUCACCUGAGCCUGCGGGACAGAUCAGAGAUGCAACUGCAGAGCGAAGCCGACAGGCGGAGCCUCCCGGGCACUUGGACCAGGUCAUCCCCAGAGCACACCACCAUUCUGAGGGGAGGUGUGCGCAGGUGCCUGCAGCAACAGUGUGAACAGACUGUGCGGAUUGUGCAUGCCAAGGUGGCCCAGAAAUCGUACGGAAAUGAGAAGCGGUUCUUCUGCCCCCCGCCCUGUGUCUACCUCUCGGGGCCCGGAUGGAGGGUGAAGCCAGGGCAGGACAAAGUUCACCAGGCCGGGGAGACGGGGCCCACGGUCUGCGGUUACAUGGGACUGGACAGCGCGUCCGGCAGCGCCGCUGAGACGCAGAAGCUGAAUUUCGAGCAGCAGCCGGACUCCAGGGAAUUCAGCUGCGCCAAGACCCUGUACAUCUCAGAUGCAGACAAGAGGAAGCACUUCCGGCUGGUGCUGCGGCUGGUGCUGCGCGGGGGCCGGGAACUGGGAACCUUCCACAGCCGCCUCAUCAAGGUCAUCUCGAAGCCCUCGCAGAAGAAGCAGUCGCUCAAAAACACCGAUCUGUGCAUAUCCUCCGGCUCAAAGGUCUCCCUCUUCAACCGCCUGCGCUCUCAGACAGUCUCCACACGCUACCUCUCUGUGGAGGACGGGGCCUUUGUGGCCAGUGCGCGACAGUGGGCUGCCUUCACACUCCACCUGGCUGAUGGGCAUUCUUCCCAAGGAGACUUCCCACCGCGAGAAGGCUACGUUCGCUAUGGCUCCCUGGUGCAGCUCGUCUGCACGCUCACCGGCAUCACUCUACCUCCCAUGAUCAUUCGUAAAGUAGCCAAACAGUGUGCGCUCCUUGAUGUGGAUGAGCCCAUCUCCCAGCUGCACAAGUGUGCAUUCCAGUUUCCUGGCAGUCCCCCAGGAGGGGGUGGCACCUACUUAUGCCUUGCCACAGAGAAGGUGGUGCAAUUUCAGGCUUCUCCCUGCCCCAAGGAGGCGAACAGGGCUCUGCUUAAUGACAGCUCUUGCUGGACCAUCAUCGGCACCGAGUCGGUGGAAUUUUCCUUCAGCACCAGUCUGGCGUGUACCCUGGAACCGGUCACUCCAGUGCCUCUCAUCAGCACCCUAGAGCUGAGUGGCGGGGGCGACGUGGCCACGCUGGAGCUCCACGGAGAGAACUUCCAUGCGGGGCUCAAGGUGUGGUUUGGGGACGUGGAGGCGGAAACCAUGUACAGGAGCCCGCGCUCCCUGGUGUGCGUGGUGCCGGACGUGGCGGCCUUCUGCAGCGACUGGCGCUGGCUGCGCGCUCCCAUCACAAUCCCUGUGAGCCUGGUGCGCUCCGAUGGGCUCUUCUACCCUAGUGCCUUCUCCUUCACCUAUACCCCGGAAUACAGCGCGCGGCCGGGUCACACCGGCGUCCCCGAGCCCGCCACCGACGCCGACGCGCUUCUGGAGAGCAUCCAUCAGGAGUUCACGCGCACCAACUUCCACCUCUUCAUCCAGACUUAGGCGCGCCCGGGAAUCCCGGCUGCCCACCGCGGAGGGCUGUGCCCGAGCCAGGCGCGAGGACUUGUUUCUGGGAUCUAGGCCCUGCUUCCUUGCCCCUUUGCUGUAGAAGGGCAGCUGAAGGCUCACCCUAGAAAGCGGGCCUGGUGGCUCUUACCCGGCUUACUCCCUCCCUCGUCCUUACACAUACAGGAAGACACGACCUGA